CGGCCACCAUUCACAUCACACACAGCCUGGACCAUACGCUCCUUUCUUGAGCGAGAGAGUGCGGCAUCACUCCCACAUCCACGUCCCGUCCCCUGCUCCUGUGUGGCUUGUCAUCUCCUCAUAGGACAAUAAAGGAUGUCCCAGAAAGCGGCCGAGAGAGCACCUUCCACAGACAGUGCCAAAUCGGCCCAGGGAGAGGAGGGUGCCAAAAAGUCCUCCCUGAGGAACUCAUCUACGACCUCCAAGACCUCGUCCACGACCUCUCAGGACACGCCCAAGAAGACCAAGAAGAAGACAAAUGAGAAGCUGUACACCAACAUGCUCACCACUGUCUUUGGCGGGGAAAGGGAGCUGUCUCAACCAGAGCUGGACGAGUUGAACGAAGCCUUCAAGGAGUUUGACUAUGACCAGGACGGUUACUUGAACUACAAGGACCUUGCGGAGUGCAUGAGAACUAUGGGAUACAUGCCCACAGAGAUGGAGCUGCUGGAGAUCAUUCAGCAGGUCAAGAUGAGGUUGGGUGGCCUCAUGGAUUUCGAGGACUUCUGUGAGCUGAUGGGCCCCAGAAUGUUGGUGGAGACGGCAGACAUGUUGGGUAUCAAAGAGCUCAGGAGCUCCUUCCAGCAAUUUGACACGGACGGCGACGGGAAGAUCUCGCAGGAGGAGAUGAAGGAGGCCGUCAAGACGCUGUUGGGGGAGAAGCUGAAGAAGGGCGAGCUGGAGGAGAUCCUUAAGGAAAUUGACCUCAACGGAGACGGAACCGUAGACUUUGACGAGUUUGUCAUGAUGCUGGGAGUCCAAUAGAUGGAAGAAGUUGGUGCUGAUAUGCACUCUGGUGGUUGAGGAGAGUGGCCAUGUUUCUCUCAACAUCAUAGUGUGUAUGAGACUGGAUCUGAAGAGCUCUGUUGCUGCUGUAUCUUUCUGUAAAUCAAGAUUUCAUCUGUGUGUCUGUCUGAGAGAGUGUGUGUGUGUCCUCACUGGGAAUACAGGUUUGGAUACAGUACAUUGGUGCCUAUAAUGACAUGGUGUAGUGUUUUAAGUGAAACACCCCAGCAGUCUGCAGAGUAAACUAAACAUUUAGUGCAUUCUGUAACUUGUAUUGUACAAUUA